ACAACUUAUUAAAGUGACGUAAAUACCCCCAAAACCCUAAUUCAAAAGAACACGAGAAAUAUCAUCAGCCGCUCAAGCUCUCACCACAGUUUGAGAAGCGAAAAUGGUGUCAGGAUCAGGGAUAUGCUCGAAGCGCGUUGUCGUCGACGCGCGCCACCACAUGCUUGGCCGUCUUGCGUCGAUCACCGCUAAAGAGCUUCUCAAUGGCCAGAAAGUUGUCAUUGUCCGGUGCGAAGAGAUUUGCCUCUCCGGCGGACUCGUUCGUCAGAAAAUGAAGUACAUGAGGUUUCUUCGCAAACGUAUGAACACUAAACCUUCUCAUGGACCUAUUCACUUCCGUGCUCCUUCCAAAAUCUUCUGGCGUACUGUUCGCGGUAUGAUUCCACACAAGACGAAGCGUGGAGCUGCUGCAUUAGCACGUCUGAAGGUAUAUGAAGGUGUUCCUACUCCAUAUGACAAGAUCAAGAGGAUGGUCAUCCCUGAUGCUCUCAAGGUGUUGAGGCUUCAAGCUGGUCACAAAUACUGUCUAUUGGGCCGUCUUUCUUCUGAAGUUGGGUGGAACCAUUACGACACCAUCAAGGAGCUGGAGACAAAGAGGAAGGAGAGAGCCCACGUGGUUUACGAGCGAAAGAAGCAACUUAACAAACUUAGAGUUAAGGCCGAGAAGGUCGCUGAAGAGAAGCUCGGAGCACAGCUCGAUAUUCUUGCGCCAGUUAAGUACUGAGCUUGUCAGUAGUAGUUUUUUUUUUUUUUGGUAAGGAGCUUGUCAGUAGUAGUUUGUCUUGGCAUGUUUUGAGCCAACCCAAUACUUUUUUACUUUUUAUCUUUUACUUAGGUCUUGUAUCGAAAUUUGUACUCCUAACAUUUUAUGCUUGAGUUUUAUUUAUUAGAUUGUGUGGCUAACUCCUUUGGUUUAAAAAGUUUAAACAACGAAAAUAAA